CACACACACACACAUCAGCACACACACACACACACACACACACAUCAGCACACAACCCUGUGUCUGUUCAUCAUGGCUGAUGGUGUGCAGCAUGUGGAGGCAAUCGUGCAGGCGUAUCACAAGUUCCGGCGCGUCCUGUGGCCAUCGGACGUGCCCAUGUACAAGGCCAAGUCACGAAAGACAGGCGAGCUUGUGUUGCUGAAACUGUACGAGAACGACUUCAACCGCCACGGCCUUGACGAGCGGUGUUUACGGGAACUCGGCAUCCUCCAAGACGUUGCCCACGAAAACAUCAUCUCGGUGGUGGACUGGAUCACCACGUCGAAGCAAGUUGCCAUCGUGUUUGAGCCGUGUGUGGCAAGCCUCGCCCAGUUCUUGGAAGCAAACGCAGACACGGUCCAUCACAAGACAGCCCACCAGUGGUGCCGACAGCUGUUGCAAGCUCUCAACUGCUGUCACAGCCAUGGCCUUGUUCAUUGUGGUGUCUGGCCAGACAACAUUCUCCUCACCGUAACAGGCACACUCAAGCUCGCCGGCUUUCACAACGCACGCCCACUCCACCUUCCGUUGCACCAAAAUCCCACAAAGACAUACGCGCUCCAGUACAGAGCGCCAGAGCUGCUGCUUGGCGCCAAGUAUUAUGGGCAGGCCGUCGACAUGUGGGCGUUUGGUUGCGUGUUCCUCGACUUGUUCAUGCAUCCGCACAUGUUCGCGAAAGAGUGUGAGAUUGGCCAGCUGUUUAUCAUCUUCCAGUACCUUGGCACGCCCACACGCGAGACAGCGCCCGCGCUCGCUCGCCUCCCCGCCUUCUCCACGCGGUUUCCCAAGUGGAAGCGCCGUGAUUUCCGUGCCGUACCCGCCACCCCAGCUGCCAUCGACCUCAUCCUGGAGCAGGAGGAGGGCGACGUGCGGCUGCAGUUCUUCCUGCAUCUGGCCGCACACUCGGUGAUUGCGCAGCGGAUAUCGAAGCGGGCGGAGACGGUGCGCACGCGGUAUCGGGUGUCGGCGCAGCGGCUGCGAUAUGACGCCGAGCGGCGGGUGAUGCAGGCGCAAUGGCUUAAGGAGGAGCAAGAGGAAGCGGAGGAGGAGAGAAGGAGGCUGGCAAAUGGCAACGAUGACGGCGGUGAAAGCAGCACCGUUGAUGGCAAAGAAAGCAGCGCCAACGAUGGGCACGCGAGCGAUGGCAGCGGUAGCAGCGACAAGGAGCGCGACAUGGGGCACAACACGGGCUGCACUGGGGAGAACUGCCGGUUUGGGUUCAACCGGACGUUUCCGUUUGAGACGCGCGGACACGAGCAGGAAGAGGAGCGGGAGGAUGUGCGCGUGCCCGAGGUUGACUCUGAGGACGUUGAGUUUGCGCCGGUGCUGAGCGACGACAUGCGGCGGUCGGACGACUGGCCGAUGGAGAUGGACGACGCAGCCGUGCGCAAGGUGGCGCGCGCCGUCGCACUUGAUGAUGAUGAUGAUGAUGAUGAUGAUGAUGAUGAUGAUGAUGAUGAUGAUGAUGAUGAUGAUGAUGAUGAUGAUGAUGCUGAUGGUGAUGGUGGCAGUAAGAUGGAGGAGUGAGCCAUGGAGUGGGACAAGCGUGUGGGCCAAGCGAGAGGAGAAGGUGUAAGCGACUGGAGUUGUGAUUGAAGGUGUUGGUGAGUGUGCAUUCGGGUCAGCAAGUGGCGAGCUGCCUG